AAAUGGAUAACAAGAAAAGGUUAAUUCAGUGUGGAGUCACUGGUUAUUCACCGUCAACAUGUCUGUGGACAAUACCACAAUAUUAUUGGAAGGGUUUCUGCAGAAAAGAAAGGAUACUCUGAAAUUAAUUUGGGUGACGUAUUGGUUCAGGCUCCAAAAUACAACCUUGUUCUUCUACACCAAGAACUGCAGCGCUUCACACUUAAGAGGCUACUACUACAUCUACACAGUGCAGUCAGUGACGGUGGUGCAUGGAUUGGACAGCAAACGUUUUAUGUUUCAAAUCAUUCUAAAAAAUGGAAAAAGAAAAACAUUGGCAGCUGAGACAGCAGCGCUCAGAAAACAGUGGGUCACACAACUGUGGGAGGCCAUGUCCCUGUCUGUCUCUGGCCUAUCAGAGCGCAGAGGAACGGCCUCUGAGGAGUGUGAACAGCGAGAUGGACAGGAGAGCAGCACACAGCUCUGGCCCCGCAGCCCUUCUCUGAAGGAGCCUCCUGGUUCUCCUGCUCCUGUCUCAGCAGCUUCCUUAAUCCAUAAUCUCUAUGAAUCGAAGAAGACUGUUUCCUCCUCUAAGAUCGUCCCUCAAGAGCAGAAGGGCGACUCCUUCAACAAUCAGCAGAGCAACACAGAGUCCAGAUCAGAAGGAGUCUACGACGUUCUACCGCUGAGAAACCAGAUGUGUGAGAUUGACGGGAACAAACUGCUGAGAGAGGGCGUGUACGACACUCCUGUGUUCAGACGGACGACUCCACCACAGGAGAUGUGUGAGAUUGACGGGAACAAACUGCUGAGAGAGUGCGUGUACGACACUCCUGUGUUCAGACGGAUGACUCCACCACAGGCAGAGUCAGCAGAGAGUAUCUACAACAUUCCAAGAGUUCCCACGUCUGCUCUCACACCAGAUGACCACCAUGAAGACAUGGAUUGGAGGAUUUGACAUCCACUUCAUAGACCGGAGACAGAAUUAAUCAACUGUUAUACAGAACAAAAACAAACUCCAUACCAAAGAUAUUCCAGUGUGGAUUUAAUCUCAUCCCUGUUUACACAGAUCAUGCAGCCAUUUAUAUUUACACAGUACAGGAAUAUUCACACCCUCAUACAAACAAUUAUUCACAACAAUUGCAGGUCACCUGGUUCACAGUUUAAAUUGUACGCCACCAACACACAUAUUGCUGUACUUCACACUUGGUUAGAACUGGUUUCAAUGGGAAUGGCUUCAAGAAAUUUAACACAGUU